GGCUCGCUCCGGCGGCGGGGAGCGGGCACGGGGCACCGCAACUUCGGCAGCAUGAGCGUGGAGAACCAGGAUGUGCUGCUGGAUCUGGAGGGGGAGGAGGAGGAGGAGGAGGAAGAUGAUGAUAACGAUGAUGGGGAGAUCGUCUUGGAACUGAACCAGGUGAUUAUUCCCACUUACGGAACUGUGCCGGACCAGCAAAACCUUCACACACCUGAAUGGGUGGAUUUUGAUGACAAGCCUGACUCCUUGUUCUUCAAAGAUGGGCAGCGAAGAAUUGACUUUGUUUUGGUGUAUGAAGAUGAAAGUAAGAAAAUGACUCAUAGGAGGAGUGAUCGUAAAAAGCAAAAGAGGAAGAGACAAGUAUAUGAAUCAAACCUGAUAAACAAUGGCUUGCAACUAGAAGCGACGAGGUCGGUUUUGGAUGAGAAACUUAUUUUUGUGAAGGUGCAUGCACCUUGGGAAGUGCUGUGCACGUACGCCGAGGUGAUGCACAUCAAAUUGCCCCUGCAACACAAUGACCUGAAAACCCGAAAGUCAGCUUUCAACUGGUUCAGUAGGCUGUUCAGGGUGGACGAAAAUAUCAUCAAACCUGAGCAAGAGUUUUUCACUGCCCCUUUUCAAAAGGAACAUUUGUCCAACUUCUACAUCCAAGACAAGGACACAUUUUUCAAUCCUGCAACCAGAAGCCGAAUUGUUCAUUUUAUCCUGUCCCGUGUGGAAUAUGCAACAAAAAAUAAUGUGAAAAAGUUUGGCAUUAACAAAUUACUGGACACUGGAAUCUACAAAGCAGCAUUUCCCCUUCAUGAUUCAAGUUUUAGGCACCUGUCGACUGAUCCCAGCUGCCCAAGUGAACGAUAUCUCCUCUACAGAGAAUGGGCUCAUCCUAAAAACAUUUUUAAAUUGCAGCCCCUGGAUUUCAUCAGGAAAUACUAUGGAGAGAAAAUUGGCAUCUACUUUGCUUGGCUGGGCUUUUACACAAAUAUGCUGACUGUGGCUGCAGUUGUAGGAGUUGGCUGUUUUCUCUAUGGAUACCUGACAAGGGACAACUGCACAUGGAGCCAAGAAGUAUGUGACCCCAACAUAGGAGGUAAUAUCAUAAUGUGCCCUCAGUGUGAUAGAGCAUGUACCUACUGGAACCUCACCAUCACUUGUGAAUCAUCCAAGAAACUCUGUAUAUUUGAUAGCUAUGGAACACUGGUGUUUGCAGUAUUUAUGGGAAUAUGGGUUACCUUUUUUUUGGAGUUCUGGAAGCGACGGCAGGCUGAGCUGGAGUAUGAAUGGGACACAGUUGAGUACUUGGAGCAAGAGGAGCAGGUCCGCCCAGAAUACGAAGCUCGCUGCACUCACAUAGUGAUGAAUGAAAUCACUCAGCAAGAAGAACAUGUGCCAUACACUGCAUGUGGGAAGUGUGUGCGGAUGACUUUCUGUACAAGUGCCAUCUUCUUCUGGAUCCUUUUGAUUAUUGCUUCAGUUGUUGGAAUCAUUGUCUACAGGCUCUCAGUUUUCCUGGCGUUCUCCUCAAAGCUGUCGCAGCACGUCAACGGGACGGAGGCGCUCCGCAAGUACCUGACUCCGCAGACGGCCACGUCAGUGACCGCCUCCCUCAUCAGCUUCGUUGUCAUCAUGAUUCUCAACAUCGUCUACGAGAAAGUGGCAAUCCUGAUCACUGACUUCGAACUUCCAAGGACACAGACUGAUUAUGAAAACAGUCUGACCACAAAGAUGUUCUUGUUCCAGUUUGUCAACUACUAUUCUUCAUGCUUCUACAUAGCCUUCUUUAAGGGUAAAUUUGUGGGUCACCCUGGAAGCCCAGUUUAUUGGCUGGGAAAGUAUCGCAAUGAAGAGUGUGAUCCAGGUGGAUGUCUCUUGGAGCUCACAACCCAGCUUGCCAUCAUAGUGGGAGGGAAAGCCAUCUGGAACAACAUUCAGGAAGUGCUUGUUCCUUUGGUCAAGAAUCUAAUUGGAAGAUAUUCUGCAGCUGCUAGAUCAGAAAAAGUUGUUCCCCGUUGGGAGCAUGACUACCACCUCCAACCCAUUGGAAAACUUGGACUAUUUUAUGAGUAUCUUGAAAUGGUUAUUCAGUUUGGCUUUGUGACCCUGUUUGUGGCGUCGUUCCCCCUGGCUCCUCUGCUGGCUCUCAUGAACAACAUGCUGGAAAUCCGGCUGGAUGCGUGGAAGCUGACCACGCAGUUCAGGCGCAUGGUGCCGCAGAAGGCUCAGGACAUCGGGGCCUGGCAGCCCAUCCUGCAGGGCAUCGCCAUUCUGGCCGUGGUCACCAACGCUUUGAUCAUUGCUUUUACAUCUGACAUGAUUCCUCGUCUGGUUUAUUACUGGUCCUUUUCUGUCCCUCCUUACGGGAGCCACAGCACUCACACUAUGGAGGGGUACAUAAACAGCACACUUUCUGUCUUCAAUAUAUCAGACUUCAAGAAUGAAAGCAAGCCUUCUUCCCCUUGGCUCGGGAAACAAACAACAUGCAGAUACCGGGAUCUCCGCUACCCUCCUGGUCACCAGCACCAGUACGAGCACAACAUAUACUACUGGCAUGUCAUUGCAGCCAAGCUGGCUUUCAUCAUCGUCAUGGAGCAUGUCAUAUACUUUGUGAAGUUUAUUAUUUCAUAUGUAAUUCCGGAUGUAUCAGAGAAGACCAAGAGCAAGGUCAAACGAGAGAAGUACCUCACACAGAAACUAUUACACGAGAAUGAUCUCAAAGGUGUGAAAAAAACCAUGGGCAAAAUAGCUGACAAAAUCAUCAAAGGAGCAGACAGCACGUUCCGACCUAAAGAUGAAUAAGUACUUUUUCAUAUGGAAUAACAGUACUUGGACAGCUAAUAUCUGUCCAGAUAUUACCAAUAGCUAUCAAGCACUUUGGAUGUACUAAACAUUGUUUCUUGCAGCUCUUACAUGCUCACUUACCAGUUUCCCUUGGACAAAUGCAACCACUGCAAUGCAGACAAGAGUUAUCUUUUUUUAAAACAGCUUUUUAGAACAUAUUAAAAAAAAAAAAAAAAAAGAAAAAGGGGAAAAUUAUUUAUCCUCUUAAGAAGAUGCAGAUUAAUUCCCAAACACCUAGGCUGUUUUCUACUUUUCUUAGGCAUCAGCUAUUAGAUAACUAGUCUAACUUGAAUAAACCUUAAGAACAAGAAUGAUUUGCUAUAAGAAUACCAUCGCAUCCAAUGAAGGAGUUUUGAUUGCUUGCUAAUACAGACCUCAGCUAUAAAAUGAAGAGGAAAAGCCAAAACAUGAAGGAAAAAGGAAGAAAAUACAACUCAAAAUCCCACUGUUAAGCCAUUGGAGUUGACAUACUAAGCAUGGUUGUUUGCUAUUCUGAAUUAGCUAUGCAUACUGAGACUUAAAUGGAUAACAAGAUAUUUCAAUUAAUCAUGGACUUGGAUCACAAGAAGCAACAGGACUGUAAGCCCAUCCUGUUCAUCAAUCUCUGUGUAAACAGGAGAAUUGCCUUUGAAAUCAAUGCAUACAAACUGACCUUACAGCAUGCCAAGUGAGUAGAAAACUCAGGCAUUUUAUUCUUUCCGCAGUCAAUGUUCUUUCAUUAGUUCACUCGCCCAUUCUGAGCUAAAUGCUCAUGGCCCUGAAGGUCUCCUACCUGUAAAAGCAAUAAAUGUUAAAAGUCUUUUCACAUACUAAAUCAAUAUUUGUGGAGGGCUGUCUUUUGCAUUUCUCUCACGCCAGAACGUGCUCUUCCCUGAGGUUUUGACAUAGGACGAAUGUGCAGCUGAACAUUUUGAUACAACAUUGCGUGAUAAAUUCUGACAAGACUAUGAAUCUGUUGGAAUUGGAGGUUGGAAUAAACCAUUUCAUAGGCCUUAACCAUGCUGUGAAGCUUUGAAUAAUAUGGAAGGAUGUCAGGGGUAUGGAGGCAUGUGCUACAGUCAUCAGUCAUCUUCAAAUCAGGCUGCUGAUCUCCCCCCUUAUUUUGGCUCCAGCUGCAAACUGGGAAUUAGGGAAUUACAGAUUAAGCAUGUGGAAUGCUAUUUUGUGCCUGAAGAAGUGAUAUUGCAGAUUAUUAACUUGCUUUCUCUUUUAACAGUUUUAAUGAACAAAUUUAUAUAAAUCAUGAAAACCAAAACCUUUUAAAAAAAGAAAAAUAUGCCUGUGCUCUAUAAACCAGGUGAUUAUGUUUGUAAUUUUGUACUCUUCUUAAAUGCAAUAGAUAUGCAGAAUUUUUAGGCAGAUUAUUCAUAUAACUUUUUAAGUAUGAAGUCCAUUUACAGAAAUUAAACAGCAUUUGGAAGAUGCAUUUUAUCCAGUCAAUAAUCAAAAGGAAUUACACCUAUGAACUUUGCAGCAAAAUCCCCAAAUACUCAGUGCCAUGUAACUCAAGCCUGUCUUUUGAAGCAAACCCUAUAGAAUCAUAAGAUCAUUCAGACUGGAAAAGACCUUUAAGAUUAUCAAGCCUCACCAUUAACCUGACACUGCCAUGUCCACAACUAAGCCAUGUCCCUGAGCGCCACAUCUACAUGUCUUUUAAAUACCACUCUCUGAGCCCGGCCACCCAGCCAGUUUUUAUCUAGCCAGCAGUAGAUCUGCCCAAGCUGUGAGCAGAUCAGCACCCAUUCAGCCCCAGGGACUUGUGUCUGUCCAAGUGGUGUAGCAUGUCACUGAAUGUUUCCCCUUGGAUCAUGAGGGCUUCAUUCUGUUCCCUGCCCCUGCCUCCCCUCCUCCCAGGGGGCUGGAAUCUCAGAGAACAACUGGUGUCACUACUAAAGACUGAGGCAAAAACAGCAUUGAGUACCUCAGCCUUUUCCUCAUUUUUGUCUGUGUGUUUUCCACCACAUCCAGUAAAGGAUUGAGAGUCUCCUUAGCCCUCCUUUAGUUGCUGAUAUGUUUAUAGAAACAUUAUUAUUGUCUUUUGCAGCAGUAGCCAGAUUAAGUUCUAGUGGGGCUUUGGCCCUUCUAAUUUUCUUCCUGCAAAACCUCAUAGCAUUAAUCUUCCUGAGCUGUCUGCCCCUUCUUCCAAAGGUCAUCAACUCUCCUUUUUUACCAGUUACAGCCAAAGCUCCCUGUUCAGCCAGGCUGGUCAAAUAUUCUUUUGAAUAUUUCCAGGGAUGGAGACUCCACAACCUUUCUGGGCCACCUGUGCCACUGCUCAGUCAUCCUCACAGUGAAAAAAUGUUUCAGUUUCUGCCUCUUGUCCUGUCACUGCAUAAUAUACCAAAUUUUCAGUUGAAGCAAAGUUUUGUCCAAAAACUUUAUUAAGGAACAAUUUUAGUGAAGUAGUCAGGAUUUCCCUGUGGAAAAUGAGUUGGUUUAAAAAAGACAGUUGGCUCCUUUCAUACUUGAAGCUUUUGAUUUUAGCUUUCAGCUGGACCUUUCUCAUUUGCAGUUGUGUUCAGAUGAGAGAUGCCAUUUUUAUUCCCUCAUCAGUGAUCACAGUACCAGUGUGCCUUAAAUACCUUUCCAGGUGUGGUGUUAGAGGGCAGGUAAGGAGGCAUCCUGUGAUAAAGGGGUGGAAAUGCAGCACAAAAUGGACCAUUUCAGGUUAUUAUUUGGUCUUAAGGAAGCUCUUUGAGAGUUGAAGAAACUAGGAAACAAAUUAAUUGUCAUACUGUGAGCAGUGGCAGGGCUGAAGGCUGAUUUUCAGAAGUGCCUAGACUUAUGCUCCCUGUGUGAUACCUGGGGAGUCUCCAAGUUGUUUCUUCCUGCAUCAGUUGUCAUCAUUUCCUAAAGGGAGAAUUCGCCCUCAGUGUCAUGAAGAGUUUAUAUUCCUGCCUUUAAAAUAACAAUUAAAAAACCUGCUACAUCAGCAAAGCCUAUGUGCCUGUGGCUUGGGCUCCUCCCAUAAUAAAAUCCUAAUCAGCCCUGAGUGUGUUUCUAUGUAACCUUUUUUGUUCAAAUAACAAAUGUGCUUUGGAAACUGGUCUUCCACUUGUCUCCAUUUUCUGGGGGGCAUCACAGGUUAGUCUGGGCACACAUGGGCUGAGUUCCUUUUGGUUCCAACUGACCCAGAAGGCAGCUUUAAAUAUGCACUUAAUGGCCACCAGCAGGCCUUUAGUCUGCUGAAACCAGAGCUGGGCUGAAGAGUGGUGAGCUCUGCAUGGGCAUCACCCAGCCAACAUGAACUUUUUGCUCGAGUGAUUUGCUUCUGAAAUGCCAUGCUCCUUGCUAAUGUAGCUGUAACAUUUCAUUUCAGAAGACAUUACAUCAGGAACUCAGUUCAGUUUGCCGUGUGCUCAGUGUUAUUCACAGCAGAGUUCUGAAUCAGAGAAAGGAGAGGGAAACCAACACAGUGCCUAAUAAUUGCAUUUUAAUAGUUUGAGUUAAGCUGUGCAGUUUCUGAAGCCUCUACCUCCAGCUGCUGAAAUGUGCUCUGCUUGCGUGCCGGAAGCUCUGCGGAGGCUUAAGAACAAAAUGCUGGGGGCCAGUUGCCAACAUAUGAGUAUUUGUAAUUUUUUUUUUCUUUUUUAGCCUUUGUCACUUUAAUUAAAGAUCUGCUUGAAGGAAAAAUCAGCAUUUGUUUUAAACUCUGACUCCAUUUUACUUUUUUCUACACUUGAUACGUAGACCAGACUCCUACCUUGUACAGAUCUAUUGAAGUCAGGGUAAAUUUGGACCAGUGACCAUUUCAUUGCCUUACCAAGCACCAUAAAUUACAGACUAUCACCACUGUUUUAGACUCUGUGUAUGUCAAUAAAAUUCAGAAUGUAAGAGUGUAUUUUUUAUUUUUUCUAAGAAUGUUUGCAAUUAGUUUCUGAAUAUUAAGAUUUCUUUAUAUUUAUUGUCAUUAAAUAAAGUCUAUUUUAAAAUAUCAA